AUGACAGAUCCUCUCCUCCAAGGCGCUCCGAUGCCAACAGGCGUUGAACAAGAGCAGCAACAGGUCCCACCAAAGACUCAGCCCAGCCAUUUGCAGACGGCACCACCGCCUGUUCCAUCUCCACACCCACCACCCUCGCCCACCACACUUACCUUGCAGCAUGCAAUCCAGCCUCCAGCACAAAUCCAACACCAUACAGAACCUUCAUCCGCACAGCAACCCUCGACAGAACACAGCCUCGAACAGGUUCACCAGUCACCCACAGAUGCAGAGAUGAUGCGGACGUUCCUUCCAGCUGAGGGUGCGACUUCCAAAGCACACCAACAGGCCGCAUACAUCGACCCUGCCUUAGCACAGCAUAGGCUAGGGCAUGCAGAGGCGCAACAAAGAUUGAAACAGCCUGCAGCCAACCCGAGCGCACAAGCAGAUGACAAACCCGUCACUGAACCCGAGGUUGCCGAAACCACAGACGAAGCAGACGAGCUCACAGAGGGGACAACAGACCCUAUCAUCACCACGUCGAGCGAAGACGCAAAGCAAGCUGAAUUCAUCAAGCUCCAGGAAGAGAUCGAGGACCUCGAAAAUGCCAUCGAUGGUCUCAGCGACUACUACCGGAUCGUUGAUCGGCUCGGCGAAGGCACCUUCUCUUCCGUCUACAAGGCCAUCGAUCUGCAGCACUUUGCUUUUGACAACGACGACUGGAUCACGCGUGGGCCUCUUGAUCCUUUGCGCAAAGGCGUCUGCCACGUCGCACUAAAGAAGAUCUACGUCACUUCAAGUCCGCAGCGAAUCUUUAACGAACUGUCCAUCAUGGAGGAUCUGCGCAACGCCGACUACGUCUCGUACCUUAUCACCGCCUUCCGCUCUGAGGACCAGAUCGUCGCUGUCAUGCCCUACAGUCGUCAUAGCGACUUUCGUGACUACUACAAAGAGAUGCCGCUCGGCGACUUCAAGUACUACUUCCGAUGCCUCUUUUCCGCACUGCAGAGCGUACAUGAGGCGGGGAUCAUGCAUCGCGACAUCAAACCUGCCAACUUCCUUUAUGAUCCGUCCUCGGGACACGGAACCCUUUGCGACUUUGGUCUGGCUGAACGCUUCGAGGCCACCGAGUGGCGAGGCAAGUGUCACCACACGUGUCCCACCCCGCAACAUCCGCAUGGCACCAAAGAGAUCAAUCGAGCGGUCGACUCCAUCUGGUUCGAGCCAGGCAAGCCUCUGUCAGGUCAGCCCGCUCCCUCGGAGAGUACGGCGUCCGGAGCCAGUGGCGGCCUGAAUUCGGCAUCAGCUGCAGCAAUUGCUGCAGGUGCUUCUGCCGGCACAGAUGCACUGGUCGCUUCCUCCAAGUCUGGCGUGAUGGACCCGCCUCCCGAGCGAGUCGGUUACCUUAUCUAUGAUGCACGUCAAGGUGUACGUGCCAAUCGUGCGGGAACAAGAGGCUUCCGAGCGCCAGAGGUGUUGUUCAAGUGCCAGGACCAGACGGUCGCCAUCGACAUCUGGUCUGCCGGCGUCAUUCUGCUCACGCUCCUCAUCCGGCGCUUCCCCGUCUUCAACUCGAACGACGACGUCGAGGCUCUGCUCGAGAUCGCCGUCAUUUUUGGCAAGGCACGCAUGGAGACAUGCGCCAUGCUGCACAAUCGUACUUUCCACUGCAACAUUCCCAGCGUCAGCAACUCGGGUUCGCUGACCGAGUUCAUCAAUCGGCUCAAUCCGGACCUCGCGGACCCGGGCAACCAUCCGGAUCCGCAACAGUAUGCACGCGAUGUGGCCAAUGCGCUUGACAUGGUCAAGUCUUGCCUUCACGUCGACUGCACUCGACGCAAGACGGCUGCCGAGCUGCUGCAGCAUCCGUUCCUGCGCAUCGAUCCGGAAGAGGACGAAACCAUGGAUGAGCAUCAGUAUGCUGCAAGGCAGACGGGGAAUGCAGGGUGA